AUGACCGCAACCACCUUCACCGUGAACUCGGCUUCGACCGAUACCGAUACAACGACCUCGAACAUACUCCCGCCUACCUCCACAACGCAGAGCUCUGCCAAGAUUCAAACCGCGGAAGUUACGGGACUAUGGUCAGGAUUAAGCGAUUCACAAUCAAAGCCAUUGUGGCGUGCCUCGGAGCAUCUCAAACUUAAGCACCGCGGGAGCUUGCGUAAACUAUGGUCCAACGUGCAUGACACCUUCGGUUUUCGUGGACCAGAGUACAGCCAGCAGCCUACAGUCAUCACCACCGGACUUGACACACCACUUAUCGUCGUUCAACCUACCACCGACAAGAAGUACAAAACUUGGCGACCGGAUGGCGAAGAUUCCUCGACAGUCGCGGAGGUCCAGGCGCUGACACCUUGGAAGGAUAACCACACGCACGCAAGAUCUCACAAAUCUAGAAUUGCCAACGGCCAAGAUACAAAUUAUCUCACUGAGCCACCUAAACAAUUCACAAGGAAGGUGAGGAAUGCAUACGCAGCCGAGCAACAAAAGGCCCAAAUGGAUCGACUGCAGCGGAUCCUCAACCCAGAAACCAUCCAGAUGCUGCAGCAACGCGCAGAGGAGGAGGCCAGGUCCAAGACAGAGAGUGCCAUACCGACGUGCUCUGCUGAGACGCCAGACCCAGGACACUGGUCGAAACGAAAAUUCGGCAACAUCACCAGAGACACUGCUGAUGCCUUCAAAGCCAGGUUCCAUGCUACAGCAGAGAAACUCCACAAUGUUCUUGAACGACACCACGUUGAGGAUGAAGGAGAAAACCCUGCCAGCGAAGGCAGCAACGAGAAAGAUACGGUGUCCGAGCCAUCAACCUGA